GAAACAAAGUUUAACUUUACAUUAAAUUGGUUGAGUCCUUCUAGACCAUGUUUAAGAAAGAUAAUUGAAAAGCAUUUGGUAUCUACUUGAAGCAAGAGUCAUCUUGCUUGUAGGCUCUGGUUUUGGUUCCAUAUGCUUUAUCAAGUAACCGAUUAUAAAAUGUAACCGCUUUGUCGUUCUCAUUAAAACCUCCAGCCUGUGGUGCAGCUGGAAUUGUUGCCGCUCCUAAUACCAGCAAAACCAUUUGGGAGGAUGUUCACUUUUUCAGCAUUGUGAUUUAUCUUUUGACACACGUAUGAAUAAUUUGUUUUCUUCCCCUGUUUCCGAGCUUUAAAGCUUCUGGUCUUUCCUUCUACUUUUGAUAUAAAUUGGUGUUCCUUCCAUUUCUGUGAUUGCCAUAACUUCCGUUGCAAUCAAUACCUGUCAGAGCAGGAAAAGCAAGGGGCAAAUCAAAAUGAAGGCACUUAUUCUUGUCGGUGGAUUUGGAACACGUUUGAGGCCGUUGACACUCAGUUUUCCCAAGCCACUUGUUGAUUUUGCUAACAAACCUAUGAUCCUGCAUCAGAUAGAAGCUCUUAAGGCUAUUGGAGUCAGUGAAGUGGUUUUGGCUAUCAAUUACCAACCAGAGGUGAUGCUGAACUUCUUAAAGGAUUUUGAGACGAAGCUUGGAAUCAAGAUUACAUGCUCUCAAGAGACAGAGCCGCUGGGCACAGCUGGUCCACUGGCCCUUGCUAGGGACAAAUUAAUAGAUGAUUCUGGUGAACCAUUUUUUGUCCUCAAUAGCGAUGUUAUCAGUGAGUAUCCACUCAAGGAAAUGAUUGAAUUCCACAAAGCCCAUGGAGGAGAGGCUUCCAUCAUGGUGACUAAGGUUGACGAGCCAUCAAAAUAUGGUGUGGUGGUUAUGGAAGAAUCAACAGGGAAAGUUGAGAAGUUUGUAGAAAAACCAAAAUUGUUUGUUGGCAACAAAAUCAAUGCUGGAAUUUACCUGUUGAAUCCCUCAGUUCUUGAUCGAAUUGAACUGAGGCCAACCUCUAUUGAGAAGGAGGUCUUUCCAAAAAUUGCUGCAGAAAAGAAGCUGUAUGCAAUGGUUCUACCUGGGUUUUGGAUGGACAUUGGACAGCCAAGGGAUUAUAUCACGGGCCUGAGACUCUACCUAGACUCAUUGAGGAAGAAAUCUUCCUCAAACUUGGCCACUGGUGCUCACAUUGUGGGAAAUGUUCUGGUGGAUGAGACAGCUAAAAUUGGGGAGGGAUGCCUGAUCGGGCCUGAUGUUGCAAUUGGUCCAGGUUGUGUUGUUGAGUCAGGAGUUAGACUAUCUCGUUGUACAGUAAUGCGUGGAGUCCGCAUCAAGAAGCAUGCUUGCAUUUCCAGCAGUAUAAUUGGUUGGCACUCCACUGUUGGACAAUGGGCUCGUGUAGAGAACAUGACUAUCCUCGGAGAAGAUGUCCAUGUGAGUGAUGAAAUCUACAGCAAUGGAGGUGUGGUUUUGCCCCACAAAGAGAUCAAAUCCAGCAUUUUGAAGCCGGAAAUUGUCAUGUAAUUGUAUUAAGAUGGUAGAAUCUAUGUAGGGAGGUAGUAAGUUAAUUGUGUCUGAAAUGCGUCUGUUCUUUUUUUAUUUAUUUUAUUUUAUUUUAUUUUUCUCUGCUUCACAGUUUUAAAAGUCAGUUUCUGGUGGUCUGGCUGAUGUGAGUUACAAAUGUUGAAGGGUCAAGUGUCCUUUUAUGAGAUCGUUGUUGUGAAAUGUGUAAUCUUUUAGUGUAUAUAGAGAAAUAAGUAAUCAGUUGGUUUCUCUCUGA